AUGGCUGAGCGCCGUGCCUGGCUGGCUUGUGUGGUUGGGAUUUUGGUUGGUCUGGUUGUCGUGAGUAGCGGCGAGCCGCAGCCGUGGAUGAAUGUUGAGGAGGAUCCCACCACGCGUGCCGAGAAAUUGAUGCAGGAGAUGACUUUGGCCGAGAAGAUUGCAAUGCUCCACGGUUAUAGCGGUACCUCGCAAAAUUACAACUAUACCGGCUUUGUCGUGCCCAAUGAUCGCCUCAAGAUUCCUGCCCUUCAGUUGAAUGAUGGCCCGCAAGGGUUCCGAGCCACCAACAACGGUUACGAUCGCACGACAACGGCGUGGCCCUCCGGCUUGACGAUGGCAGCCAGCUGGGACGUGGCCAUGCUCUCCAAGUGGGGCGAGGGGAUGGGGGCGGAGUUUGCAGCCAAGGGUGCCAACGUUCAGCUAGGCCCUGGUUUGUGCGUGGCCCGCGUACCGGUCAACGGCCGCAAUUUUGAGUAUUUGAGCGGGGAGGAUCCCUUCCUCGGUUAUACCUUGGUUCAGCCGGUCAUCCAGGGCAUUCAAUCGCAGGGUGUCAUCGCCAAUGCCAAGCACUAUGUCAACAACAAUCAGGAGACUAAGCGGACGACCGUCAGCGAAAAUGUGGAUGAGCGCACACGAUUCGAGAUCUACUACCCACCCUUUGAGGGGGCCAUCAACGCCGACGUGGGCUCCUUUAUGUGCAGUUAUAACAAGAUCAAUUCAGCUUGGAGCUGCGAGAACAAUGAAACUCUGAACACAGACCUCAAGCACCGCCUCAAUCCCGACAACAAACGUUUUUGGGUCAUGAGCGAUUGGGGGGCCACGCAUAGUACCUCGAUUGACAAGGGCUUGGACCAAGAGAUGCCGGGCGACUCCCACAUGGGAGAUACACUUGCUGACAUGGUUUCCAACGGAACCGUCCCCAUGGCCUUGAUCAACGCCUCCGUCCUCAACAUCCUAACACCCAUGUUUAGCGUCGGUCUGUUUGAUAAGCCCAACACGGGUGCCUUCUCCAACAAUGUCACAUCAGAUGCGCACAACCAGUUGGCUCGUGAGCUGGCGGGCAAUUGCCACGUCUUGCUACAAAAUGAGAACAAGGUCCUCCCUCUCAAUGCAGGAACCGCCAACACCACCUACCUCAUUGUUGGGGCACAGGCAUGGAACCAAACUAUUGUUGCUGGCGGAGGAUCCGGACAUGUCGACAUUCCAUACAUGGUCACGCCACUUGAUGCGUUCAAGACGGCCCUCGGCUUUGGGCCCACACGCAACAAUCAAGCUGGCCAAAAGGACUGUGUUGUGGAAAACCAGUGCGUGAUCUAUCUGGACGGCAGCGAUACGGAUAUGGUUGCCAGCACAGCUGCGGAGGUUGACUAUGUUUUGGCUUUUGUGGCCACCACUUCACACGAGGGCGCUGACCGUGCCAACCUCAGCUUGGCCGGUGGACAGGACGAAUUCAUCAUUGCUGCGGCCUCGCACAGCGACAAGGUGGUGGUCAUUGUGACAACGCCUGGAGCCAUCUUGAUGCCCUGGUCGGCGGACGUGGCCAGUAUUGUUGUCAACUUUAUGCCUGGUCAAGAAGGCGCCAAUGCCGCUGCUGAUGUCUUGUUUGGCACCGUCAACCCAAGUGGCAAGUUGCCCCUAACCAUGCCAAAUGUGGAGAACGAGGUCGGCUUUACGGAGCGUCAAUAUCCUGGUCUUGACGACGCUGCCGAGGCGUACUAUGAUGAGCGUCUCCUCAUCGGCUAUCGCUGGUAUGAUGCGCACGGCAUCGAACCGCGCUUUCCCUUUGGCCAUGGCUUGUCCUAUGCUGCGUUCAAAUAUGACAACCUGACCGUCAGCAAGGAUGAAGUGGCGUUCAAGCUGACCAACAUUGCUGAGGAUUAUGGUGGUGAGGUGGUCCAACUCUACCUUGGCUUCCCUUCCAGCGCGGGCGAGCCCCCUAAGCAACUCAAAGGAUUCACCAAAGUGUUUUUGCAUGCGUUUGCCGAGGCGGAAGUCAAGCUGCCUUUGCGCAGCCGUGAUCGCAGCGUGUGGGAUGCUAGUACCCAUUCAUGGUCCGAGGUAUCUGGUGAAUUUCAGCUGGCCUGUCGUGGAGCCAAGGUGACGCUGAUUGAGCGCACGGGUGUUGCCUGUGCAGCUUCGGGAAAAGCGGGAGGGUUUCUGGCCCGUGACUGGUGCAAUGGAGGACCACUAGAGUCCUUGGCUCGUCGCAGCUUUGAUCUUCACGAGCAGCUGGCUGCGGCCCACGGCAAUCCCUGGGAGUAUCGCCGACUGCGCACGGUAGGCAUUAAUGUGCUCAAGUCAGCAGGGCGACCUUCGCCUGCGGUGCCGUGGCUGGAUGGCGGUGCUGAUGGGAAGACGGAAAACAUGGGAUCCACGGAAAACACGGCACAGGUGACGCCGGGGUUGUUUACACGCAAGAUGGUGGAACUGGCCCAGGAGCAUGGUGCGCGAGUGCGAGUGGAAACCGUGAUCGGACUGAGCUAUCGGGAGGGGCUGGCCGAGGUGUGUGGCGUCCAGUUGGCCACGGGGGAGGCUGUGCCAGCCGAUGCGGUGCUGCUUUGCAUGGGACCUUGGAGCGGCCAGUGCCGAGAAUGGGUGCGAGCGAUCACAGCGCCCAGAAUUGGGGGUGAAAAGGCCCAUUCGAUCGUGGUGCAGCCUGGACCAAGGGCGGACAUUGAUGGAACGGCCGUUUUUAUCAAUUACACUCGUCGGGGCAAGAUGCAGAACCCGGAAAUUUAUCCACGUCCAGACGGCAGCGUGUAUAUGUGUGGCGGGACACACGCGCACACGCCGCUUCCUGCCAACUCGGCUGACGUGGUGCCUACAGAGGGCAUUGGUGCUGAACUGAAGGAGAUCAUGGACGCAUGCUCCAGUGCACUGCAAGAUGCUGAAGUGACUGUCGUGCAGGCAUGCUAUCUACCCAUGCCUGACUCGGGCGUUCCAUUUAUAGGGCCGUUGCAAAAGGGUCUGUUUAUGGCUGCGGGCCAUACUUGCUGGGGAAUCCUCAACGGUCCCGCUACGGGUGAAGCGAUGGCCG